AUGUCGUCGCCGGUGUCCAUUGACCUUGUCCACGACCAGUUUGCCGAUGUUGUCUAUAUUCCUGGCACUGUGGGUAACCACUCGCUCCAGCUUGCCAUUGAUGUCCAUAGUGACAUGACGGUGCUUUUAAGCACUAAUACCACUUGUCCCGAAGAAAAUGGAGGCUACUGUCCCUUCCCUAUUAGCUAUGUCCCUCAAUCAGGUGAUACGUUGCUUGUGGGCAAUUCACUGAUUCCAUUUGCCAUUGCAAAUACUACCACCACUAGUACCGACCGUUUCUCUCCUGCUGAGCUCGCUUCUCAACUUAAACAAUUGCUGAAGGUAGCCAACGAUACCUAUGCUGUGACCAAUCGCCUGGUGAUUGUGGCUCCUCUGCUUGAAGGCUAUAAUCACUUCCCCAGUGAGGUGUAUGUCAAUGACAAAAAAUACGAUAAUAUCACUUUGGAUUAUACUGUGAGUGGCAUUGGCAUUGAUGGUGAUGUCCAGCUCAAGUGUGGCGACUCAAUUAAAGUGGGUUCGGCUCAAUUUGAAGUGCCUUCCUAUGGAGACUGUGAUGUAAAACGGUUUAAUCAAAGUGAGGGGUUGACGUUGGGGUGGGAUGCCCUUGCUCAUCUCAAUGUGGUGUUUGAAGGUCUGCUGCCUAAGUACUAUAAGGCCAGCACCGAUGACACUGCUGAUACUAGCGACAAUAACGGCGAUGGAAAGGCUCAACUGACAUCUGCUGGUGGAGACCAAGCGAUUGUCACUCAAUCUAAAUCGUCUACUGGUUCAGCUAGUGAGACUGGCAAAGACGCUAAAUCCACGGAGAACGCUGCCAACGGGUUGUCAGCAAGUAUCCUCUUAAUCGCCGCUUUACUUUUGUAG